UCAGCUGCGCGUCUCUUCAGCCAGUCGCAGAGCGAGCGUUCAAGGCGAAGGUAGUGAUUGAGUCGAGUUUUGGAUCUGGCAUUAAUUUCACAGCUAGUUCAAAGUACAAACCUACAGCGUUUGCAAUAAUAUAAUAUACACUCAUAAAUAUAUUGCUCACAUAUAAAUCAAACAGCAAUGGGUUUCGUCUUGGCCUGGUUGCCAAGCGAUCAUUAUGUCCGUGAUAUGUGCAUCAUAACACUCACAGCGGCCUUUGUGGCCACCUUGCUGAGCAUUCGAUUCUAUUUACGCAUUACGGCGGGACGUUGUUUCACUGAGACUAAAAUGGAAGGCAAAACUGUCAUUAUUACCGGCGCCAACAGCGGCAUUGGCAAGGAGACCGCCAAGGAUCUGGCAGGACGUGGCGCUAGGAUCAUCAUGGCAUGCAGAAACCUGGAAAGAGCAAAUGCUGUAAAGGAUGAGAUCGUCAARGAGACCAACAACAACAAAGUUGUGGUCAAGAAGCUCGAUUUGGGCUCACAGAAAUCGGUGCGCGAAUUUGCGGCUGAUAUUGUCAAGACGGAGCCAAAGAUCGACGUACUCAUUCACAAUGCCGGCAUGGCCUUGGCCUUCCGCGGCCAGACCAGCGAGGAUGGCAUCGAGCUGACCAUGGCCACCAAUCAUUAUGGGCCCUUCUUGCUGACGCACUUGCUCAUCGAUGUGCUAAAGAAGAGUGCACCGUCACGCAUUGUUAUCGUCGCCUCGGAGCUGUAUCGCCUCGCUUCGGUCAAUGUGAACAAGCUGAAUCCGAUUGGCACCUUCCCUGCCGCCUACUUGUACUACGUGUCGAAGUUUGCCAACAUCUACUUUGCCCGCGAGCUGGCCAAGCGCUUGGAGGGCACCAAUGUCACAGUCAACUUUUUGCAUCCGGGCAUGAUUGACUCGGGCAUUUGGCGCAAUGUGCCCUUCCCCCUCAACAUACCCAUGAUGGCCAUCACCAAGGGCUUCUUCAAGACGACCAAGGCGGGCGCCCAGACCACCAUCUAUCUGGCCACAUCCGAUGAGGUGGCCAAUGUCUCGGGCAAAUACUUCAUGGACUGCAAGGAGGCGACACUGAAUGCUGCCGCUAUGGACAUGGAAAAGGCACGUCAAAUAUGGGAGGAGUCUGUGAAGAUUGUGAAACUCACGCCCCAGGAUCCCAAGAUUUAAGCUGUACUCGUUAAAAACAUGAAAAAGUUUAACAAAAUUUUGAUUACUCAUAUAAAACGUAAUUGGGGGAGCAUAUCAUAAGCUUAAGGUUUUCACUUAAAUAAA